AUGUUCUCUCCCAGCAGCUUCGCGCUGCUCGCCGCGGCUCUCAUCGCCGUCUUCUCCACACAACCCGCGCUCGCAGUGCCGGCGCCGGCCCCACAAGCAUCAGAUUCCCUAGCAGCAUCAACUUCCAACUACUGGCUUGCCAACAUCGAGCGGAAAGGCACAGUCUGGGGCAACAAUGACAGCAGCUACUCCGUCUUCCGUAACGUUGUCACGGACUUCCAGGCCGACCCCACCGGUCAGCAAGACUCUACCGAGGCCAUCAACAAGGCCAUCUCUGAUGGCGGUCGCUGCGGCUUUGGCUGCAACUCCUCCACCGUCCACCCCGCCAUUGUUUACUUCCCGCCCGGCAAAUAUCUCGUCAGCAAGCCCAUUCAAAUGUUCUACUACACCCAAAUGGUCGGCGACGCCGUUGAGCUCCCCCAAAUCGUGAUGGCGAGCAACUUCGAAGGCAUGGCCAUGUUUGACGCGGACCCUUACCAGGAUGGUCACAACUGGUACAUCAACCAGAACAACUUCUUCCGCCAAAUGCGAAACUUCAAAAUGGAUCUCACUCAGGGACCCGAUAUAGGUACGGCGAUCCACUGGCAAGUCGCCCAGGCUACCUCACUUCAGAACAUCGAGUUCGACAUGAUCAAAGGCAGCCAGCAACAAGGAAUCUUCAUGGACAACGGAAGCGGCGGCUGGUGCAGUGACCUGAAGUUCAAGGGUGGCAAAUAUGGUGCCUUCUUCGGCAGUCAACAGUUCACCUCCCGCAACCUUGUGUUUGAGGACUGCACCACUGCAAUCUACAUGAACUGGAACUGGGGUUGGGUUCUCAGCAACAUCACCAUCACUGGUGGCACCGUUGGAAUUGACAUGGCCAACAGCCCAUCCAACAUGUCUACUGGCUCGGUUAUGCUCUCCGACAGCAAGAUCUCAGGCACUCAGUAUGGUGUCAACACUUCCUACAGCAUCGGCGGCAACCUUCCUCUCACCGGUAACACCCUCGUCAUCGACAACGUUGACAUGAAGGAUGUCACAACCGCUGCAGUGUGGUCCGCGAAAGACCAAGCAGUCGUGGUGAAGCCUUCCAUGAUUGAAACAUGGGCACAAGGUAGCGGCUACACCAACAGCGCCGAGAGUACCAGCGCCAACGGGUCAGUUGGCGAGAUCCAGAAGCCUCACAAAGCAAAAGUCCUUCUCGACACUGAUGGCAAGAUCUACGGCCGUAGCAAGCCGCAGUACGAGAAUGUGCCUCUUGCCAACUUUCUGUCAGCCAAGGCCAACGGCUGUGCAGGCGAUGGUGAGACUGACGAUACUGCAGCUGUGCAGGCUUUCUUGGAAAAGGCGUCCGCUCAGGACGGCGCAAUUGCGUACUUUGAUCACGGCGCCUACCUCGUCUCCGAUACCAUUGCUGUACCGAAGAACGUCAAGAUGACUGGCGAAGUCUGGUCUCUGAUUGUGGCCGACGGCAAGAGCUUCUCGGACAGCGAAAACCCCAAGGCCGUCUUCCAAGUUGGAAAGCCUGGCGAUACCGGCGCCGUGGAAAUCUCCGACAUCAUCUUCCAGACCAAGGGCGCUGCCCCAGGUGCCGUCAUGAUCGAGUGGAACUUGAACUCGGAAGAGAAAGGUGCAUCUGGCAUGUGGGAUGCUCACGUCCGCAUUGGGGGGUCUGCAAACACUCUUCUGUCUGAGGAUCAAUGCCCCGGCUGGCCCACUACCCAGCCCACUCCUCAGUGUCAGGGCGUCUUCCUCAUGUUCCACUCCACGGAGAAGUCUGGUAACUUUAUUCUCGAGAACUCCUGGUUCUGGGUUGCCGAUCACGACUUGGAGGUCAACAACCAGACCCAGAUUUCAAUCUUCAGCGCACGUGGUUGCCUCAUCCAGUCUCAAGGCGCUGUUUGGCUUUGGGGAUCUGCAUCUGAACACUCCAUGAUUUACAACUACCAAUUCGACAGCGUCAAAGCUGUGUUUGGCGGAUUCAUGCAGACCGAGACACCAUACUUUCAACCGAAUCCACUGGUCCCAGCGCCGCUCGCCUUCAACAAGGCUUAUCGUGACCCAGACUUUUCCAUCUGCCCCGAUGGCAGCGACAACAAUGAAGUUCCCUGCAAGGAUGCUUGGGGUCUCCGCGUUGUGAACAGCCAAGGUGUUCUCAUCUACGCUACUGGGUUCUACUCGUUCUUCAACAACUACUCCCAAGUCUGCACACCACUCGGCAACUGCCAGGAGUACAUGAUCCGCAUACAAAACAGCCAGGUUGACAUGUACACUGUGACCACAAAGGCAGCCGUCAAGAUGAUUAUGGAUGAUCGGGUCAACUCUCCCAUCAUCGCCGCGAAGAACCACAACGUCUUUGGCGACACAAUCGCCUGUCUCUGCACACUCCCUUUCUUGCAGGGAAGUCUUUGGAAGCUGCACGAACUGGUUGGCGAGGAUAGAUAG